AAUCCGUUGCUCUGCCAUCUGUCGUUCUGCUCGCACGGCCAACCCAUCCCUCGUUCUGGCCUCCCUCUCUCCACCUGUAUCCUCACUGUCCUGCCUCGCCUCGCUGGACUCGGCCAUCAACACCCCGACAUCCUUCGAGAUCACGCUCGCAGCAACCCAUCACAACCCAUCCCAUCGCAAUCCAUCCCAUCGCAACCCACAGCAAUCCGCAACGCCAGCAAACAAUGACCAACUCGUUUCCUUGGGCAAAGGUCAUCAACGACCCGAUUCAUGGACACAUCAAAGUGGAUCCGGUCGCAAUGGAUUUCAUCGACACGCCUGAGUUCCAGCGUCUUCGGGAUCUAAAGCAGCUUGGAGCCGUCUACUACGUUUUCCCGGGCGCAUCGCACAAUCGCUUCGAGCACUCGGUUGGAGUCUACCACCUCGCCUCGCAGCUGGUCAAUCGCUUCAGGGCAGAGCAGCCCGAGCUCGACAUUGACGAGAGCGACGUCAAGUGCGUCGGUCUCGCCGGCCUCUGUCACGACCUCGGCCACGGCCCGUUCUCGCAUACCUUUGACCAUGUCUUUAUCAAGAAGGUCCGGCCCGAUAUCCAGUGGACGCACGAAGUGGCUAGCGAGAUGAUGCUGGAGCAGAUCGUGUCGGGCGACAACGGCAUCGACCAUGUAGAUACCUCGGAGAUGAAGUUCAUCAAGAGCCUGAUCCAGGGCGAGUCCAAACCUGGGGAGACACAUAGACGGAGAGAGAAGCAGUUCCUCUUUGACAUUGUCGCCAACAAGCGCAAUUCGAUCGAUGUCGACAAGUUUGACUAUAUUAAGCGAGACUCGUUCAACAUCGGCACGAGCUCAAGCUUUGCUCUAGACCGCCUCAUGAACCUGUCGCGGGUCGUCGAGAACCAGAUCUGCUACUCCUUCAAGGACACCUUCAACAUAUACGAGCUCUUCCACACUCGAUACUCGCUGUUCAAGCGCGUAUACACCCACAAGGUCGUCAAGGCGGUCGAGCUGAUGAUUGUGGAUGCCCUCGUUGCGGCCGACCCGCACUUGAACAUCUCGUCCAUGAUCGACGAUCCGGAGCGGUACGUGACCCUGAACGACACCAUCAUUGGCGAGAUUGAACGGAGCAAGUUGCCAGAGUUGGCCGAGUCACGGUCUGUGAUCCAGCGCAUCCGCCGCCGGCAGCUCUACCGGUGUGUUGACGAAGUAAUCGAGCCCCCGGGCUUCCGCGCGGCCCUGCGUGACGAAGUCAAUAUCCAGAACAUCCUUGCCCACCAGCCCGCUGGUGCCGGACUGCGCGAGAGCGACAUUUAUCUGGACAUGGGUAGCCUCAACUUUUCGAUGAAGGACCGCAACCCGGUCGACAAUGUCAAGUUCUACGGCAAGUACAAGCCCGAUGAGCCGUUCCACAUCCGCAAGGACAAUGUCUCGCUGCUGAUUCCUGACAACUAUGAGGAGAACGUGCUCCGGAUCUUUGCCCGCGACGAAAACAAGAUGAAGAGCAUCCAGACGGCCUUCCGCAAGUGGGUCGACCAAAUCAAUGUCGAGCUCCGGGGCCGCUCGGUGAUCGAGGACGACUCAGAUCGGCUGAGCCUUGGAUAUGAGCGCGGCGACUCCCAGCGCGACCGGAGCUGGUCGCCCCAGCGCAAUUCUGGCCGGUUCAGCUACGGCUACGGCUACGGGUCCGGUCCCGGCUACGGAUCCGCCAGCACAUCAACGACCCCGUCGCCCUCCAAGUCAGCGACAAGCAUAUACGCGGCGAUUCAGUCUCGGUCCCCGUCGCUCCCUCCGCUACCCGAUUGCGGACGAAUCGCAGCCGAGCCGUCGGGGUCACAGACGCCCGUCCGAGGACUGACGCCGAGCCAAGGCAAAACCCUGCCUCAAAACUUUGCACCGUCACCAAAGAAGCGCAAGCACUCGGAGUUUAUGUGAGGGAUCGGCGCUGUGACCCUCCCGAUCGUAUCCGCCAGGUUGGUUUGUGAGAUGCCCACGCGGUAUUUCUCGAUGCCCAAGCGCUUGAGUGCGAUGCACCUGGACGUCGCAUCUUGGCGGCAUAUCUUCCAGCAAUACACCCCGUUGCACCGA